CUUUCGGCACCACUGCACUGGCACUAGAGUUGUUUUGCAGUGUGUUCUUUUCUUUAAAGCUAAAUGCUCAAGGCAUUUGACUGAAGCAAUGAAGCAACCAGUUGACAUUGUUAUUAAUUGAUAAGUUCAGUAACGUUAGUUAUCAUCCUUCCGUUACCAGCUAGCACACAAAGCAGGUAUUUAGCAUGAUGGAUGGCUGUUGCUAACGUUAGCAGAUAUCACUUACUGACAGUCAGCCAACGUUGUGUUGUUCACAAUGAUGAGGUUUUGCGCGUUCCCUCGAGAUAUUCCUCUUAAGUGCCGUAUUUGCGAGCUAAAUUGGUAUUGUUUUCAACAUAGUUUCUCUCGCCUAGGUUGGAGCUAAUGCUGUUAGUUAGUUAUCUUGCUAAAUGUUUGUAAAUACCCAUUUAUACCACGUUUACGUUCUCUAGAAGUAACGUUAGUUAGUUUCAGGAAAAGCCAUUCUACAGACAUCAUGUUUACGGAACUCAACAGCAUCCUCAAUAAUACCCCGGAUAAUUGCAAGCUGGGAGAGUUUGUUCUUAUAAUGGACAGAAAGGCUGAUGCUUCGUUUCUGGUGCAUCAUUUCCUUUCUUUCUAUUUGCGAGCGGGCUGUAAAGUUUGCUUCUUGGGUCUUGUACAGUCUUUUAGUCAUUACAGUGCGGUCAGUCAAAGACUGGGUGUGAGUUUGGCUCAGGCAAAGGAGAAGGGCCAGCUUGUGUUCCUGGAAGGACUGAAAGAUUGCCUGGGAGUACUGUUACCUGACGGGCCCAAACCUGACGGUCCCACAUUAGACUUUUUCAGGCCCCAGUGCUUGGAUCUGAGAGGUCUGUUUGAGUUUGUGCUGAGCUCUCUGAGUCCACCAGGUGGCACUGGUGGUGAGGGGGACACUGGGUCAGGAUGUGCGAGUCCUCCAGUACUGAUCGUGGAUGACCUGAGUGUCCUCCUCAGUCUCGGCGUUAGCGUUGGAGCAGUGCUGGACUUUGCCCACUACUGCAAGGCUAACAUCUGCCACGAGUUAAAGGGCAGUUCAGUGAUGCUCGUCCGGUGUGAGGAGGAGGAGGAGGAGGAUGAGGGUGAUGAGGAAGGCUCUGAGAUGCUCCAGAGGGGUCUGAUGCACCAGUGCACCCUGGCUCUGCAGGUUCAAGGUCUCCCCACUGGCUACUGCAGGGACAUUCACGGGCAGGUGGACAUUUGUUGGAGAGGUCAAGGCCAGCAGCAGCAGCAGAAUCAGAAGAAAGUCUUUCAGUACAAAGUCCAGGACAAGGGCGCGUCCUUCUUUGCCCGCGGGACCUCUAGUGCUGUCCUCUGACACUGUACAACACCUGCCCUCAAUCCAGGUGGUGAAUGUCAGUACACAACUUCAUGACCUCGCCUCUCAUUAUUGAUAAUGGACUCUGGCUUUGUCAUAUUAUCGUGGAGGAAACAUAAACACAAGAGGUCACACUUAUAUCAUUGUGUACAUAAUGCUUUUCCACUCUUGUUGACUUUGAAUGUUUAACCAAGACUUAGAAUUAAAUGAAAUUACUGAUUCACACAAUUGAUCUUAACAGUUUGGCCUGGAGCAUCACUAUGGUGACUGAUUGUGAGAUUGUAAAACGGGUUAUAGCUAUCCAAAUUCUUCUGAUUUAAUGUUCGAUCAGCAGGAGCACGAUGAUCAGUGAAAUACAUUUGUCAGGCUCAUUUAUAAUAAUAUCAAUUGAAUUAAAGGUUACAGUUUUGAAAGUUU